AUGGCCAAGACCCCACUCUCCUUCCUCCUUCUCCACUGCGCAGGGUCCCUCUUCCAGCCUGUGCUGACUCGGUUGUCAUCUACAUCUGCCUCCCUGGGAGCCUUGGCCAAGUUCAUCUGCACUCUGAGCAGGGAACACAACACUUUCAGCAUCGAGUGGUUCCAGCAGCAGCCAGGGAAGGCCCCUCGGUAUGUGAUGGAGCUUAACAGUGAUGGAAGCCACAGGAAGGAGGAUGGGAUCCCUGAUCACUUCCUGGGCUCCAGCUUUGGGGCCAACUGCUACUUGAUUUUCUCCAACCUCCAGCCUGAGGAUGAGGCUGACUACAUCAGUGGCAUAUCUCAUAGCAGUAGAGGCCCCAUUCCAGUAAAGCACAGUGAUUGA